AUGGCCUUUGGCGACGGCGGCGGCGCCGGCCGCACACCCGACGACGAGCACGACGAGGCGGAUGGAGAGGAGGAAGACGACGAGGAGGGAGAUCAGAGGGAGUCAGGCGGCGCGCUACAUGCGCAGCGCGAGCAGCUGUCGCGCAAGCUGCAGGACAUCUUUGGCCUCGACGCGAGCGAGGACGUUGUGUCGUGCCACGCCUGCUGGCUCUUUCGCCGCGUGCUGCUGCAGGGCCACAUGUAUGUGACACGGAGCUUCGUCUGCUUCUAUGCCUACCUGCCCUCGCGCGAGGACCGAGUGCUGAAGGCGGGGCCGCUGCGCAAGCGUACCAAGCGCACCCACCGCUUCAGCCGCCACUGGGCCGUCGUCCGCGGCCGUUCGCUCAGCUGGUACGAGAGCGAGCGCGACCCGUAUUUCCCCCAGGACCACAUCGACCUCCGCAACGUGACCGCCGUCGAGAGUGCUGCAAGUGCCGAGAGCGAGCGCCGGUUUCGCGUCCACACGCCCUACCGCGUCUUUCUCUUUGAGGCUGCCUCGGCGCAGGGCAAGGACGAGUGGGUGGCCAUCCUCCGCAAGGCCGUCUUUCGCACCCAGAACGAGGGCGAGAGCGUGCGCAUCAGCAUCCCCCUCGAGGCCAUCGUCGACAUUGACGGCAGCGACAACAGCGGUGAAGGCGACCUCGACGAGGCAGAAGAGGACCAGGACGAAGACUUUGCCAUCGACGAGUACAUCUUCCUCCAGCUCGCCGAGCAGUCUGACUUUGUGGCCCGCAUGCGGCGUCGGCUCAUCGAGUAUGCCGCCGAGCUCAGGCGCGGCGGCGACGACGACGCCGCUGCGGCUGCGGCUGCGGCUGCUGCUGCUGGGCCCAGCACAGAUUCAUCAUCGACGACGCAUCCACACUCGGCCGUCGAGACGCUGAGCAGGCCACGCAUGCGGGUGCGCGACUCGACCAACAGCUUCUCGUCUCUUGGUGGCGGUGGUCUUGGCGGCGUCGCAGUCGACAUUCCCGCAAAGACAGCAGCCACAGCCAUGUCACGGACGCCACGGUCGUCGCUGUCCAGAGACGAGGGCCCGCUGUCGAGCUCGGCAGCGACACUCAGAACCACGCCCCUCUCGGCCUCGCAGCACAACUACCCGCCCUCGCCCUCGUCACGACCGCGGCCCAGUGUCAGCAACUCGGUCAUCCUGGCCCAGGCGCGCGCAGAGGGCCGCUGGACCGUGCCCCAGUGGGUCCGCGACGCCUCGACAAAGGUCCUCGCCACCACGGCCGGCGGCGGUGCCGACGCCUGCGGCGGCGAGACAGAUGCGAUGGCCCAGUCGGGCGAGCUGAGCAAUUCCUCCUACUCGAUUCUCGACAACGGCGACUUCGUCGGCGACGACGACGACGGCCACCAGGCUGAGCUCGACAAUGACGAUGAGGCGAUCCAGGCCCAGUUCCGCCAGUGCUUUGCACUCCCUGCCCACGAAGCCCUCGUCUGGCACACGAGCGCGAGUCUGUACCGGGUCCUGCCCGUCGUCGGCCGUCUGUUCAUAUCAACCAACUACGUCUGCUUCCGCUCCUCGCGCCUCGCCUCCAAGACCAUGGGCCGGACGCUGAUGAUCCUGCCUAUCAAGGAGAUUGUCUCGGCGGCGCGCAACACUGCCUACCGGUACGGCCACCACGGCCUGGUCAUCAUGGUCCGCGGCCACGAAGAACUCUUUCUUGAAUUUGCCUCUCCAGAGAGGCGCGGGCACUGCCUCUCGCUCCUCGACACCCAGAUCGAAGCCGCAAGAAGGACAAGGGCGAGCGAGGUCAGGCGAUCGCAUUCGCAGAGCCGUCGCGAGGCCGUCAUGCUCACCGACCUGGUCGACCGCCUGGACCUCAACCCGUCACAGGAAUACGACCAGGAUCAAGAACAGCAGCAGUUGCAGCAGCAGCAGCAGCAGCACAGUCUCUCGCCCGAGACGAUGCCCUCGGCCAUCUUCAAGUCGUCGACGUCGGAUGCCCUGCUCGACUUCAAGCCGGCCAAGCCGCUCCACUUUACCUUCCUUACCAUUGGCUCCCGCGGCGACGUGCAACCGUACAUUGCCCUGGCAAAGGGGCUCAUGGACGAGGGACACAGUGUCAGGAUUGCCACGCACCGCGAGUUCGGCUCGUGGAUCGCCCGGCACGGCAUCGAGUUCAAGGAGGUAGGCGGCGACCCGGCCGAGCUGAUGCGCAUCUGCGUUGAGAACGGCACUUUUACCAUGUCCUUUCUCCGCGAGGGCGUCACAAAGUUCCGCGGCUGGCUCGACGACCUGCUCGUGUCGUGCUGGAACGCGUGCCAGGGCACCGACGUCAUCGUCGAGAGCCCCAGUGCCAUUGCGGGCAUCCACAUUGCCGAGUCGCUCGAGGUGCCCUACUACCGGAGCUUCACCAUGCCCUGGAGCCGCACGAGGGCCUACCCGCACGCCUUUGCCGUGCCCGGCCACAAGGCGGGCGGGAACUACAACUACAUGUCCUACGUCAUCUUUGACCAGGUCUUUUGGCGCGCCGCCGCGGGGCAGAUCAACUCGUGGAGACGCAAGGUGCUGCAGCUCAAGCCGACGAACCUGGACCGGAUGGAGCAGCACAAGGUGCCGUUCCUGUACAACUUUAGCCCCAGCCUGGUGCCCAAGCCUCUCGACUGGUAUGACUGGAUCCACGUCACCGGCUUCUGGUUCCUCGACAACCCCGACGUGGCGACUGGCAAGACAUGGACGCCGCCCGCAGACCUCGUCGCCUUCAUUGAAUCGGCGCGCGGUAAGGGCAAGAAGCUCGUCUACAUCGGCUGGGGCUCCAUUGUCGUCUCCGACGCAGAGGCCAUGACGAGAUGUGUCGUCGAGGCGGUCCAUCGCAGCGGCGUCUGCGCCAUUCUCUCCAAGGGCUGGUCCGACCGCCUGUCGCAUCGCUCUUCUUCUGCAACAGCCGCAACGGCGACGGCGACGUCCGUGCUUUCGCCGCCCAUCAUCGAAGAGGACAUCUUCCAGGUCAAUUCGGUGCCCCACGACUGGCUCUUUCCACGCAUCGACGCGGCCUGCCACCACGGAGGCGCGGGUACGCUGGGUGCCUCGCUGCGGGCGGGCAUCCCCACGAUUGUCAAGCCCUACUUUGGCGACCAGUUUUUCUGGGGCCAGCAGGUCGAGGCCCUUGGCGUCGGCAGCUUCGUCCGCGAGCUCACGGCCGACAGCCUGGCAAAGGCCUUGUACAAAGCCACGCACGACGCCAAGACGAUUGAGCGGGCCAGGCAGCUGGGCAGCGAGAUUGGCCGCGAGGACGGCGUCGCCAAUGCCAUCAAGGCCAUCUACCGCGACAUGGACUAUGCCCGGAGCAGAAUCAGGACCGAUGGCAGGCUCGAUGGCGCGGCUGUUCAGCAGCAGCAAGAGCAACAGGAAAGAGUGGCAAAGGGCAGACUGGCUGGGUUGCAGCUUCCGGCCUUGCCGGCCUUGCCGUUCCUGGGAGCGGGCGAGAAGACGGCGACCUCGAGCAGUGCAGGAAUAGCAACGGCGACGAGCGCCCCUCUCACGCAGGAGUCCCUUCGGACGAUUCAGCAGCAACAGCAGAGCUCCUUGGCAUCCGGACAGUCUCUUCCACCAGACACUAUUGUGACAACGACGACGACGACGGGGGACGCGCACGCUGGCCCUUCCUCCAUGCCCGCCCAGCACCUCCUCUCGCCCAGCCUGACGGAUGCUGAGACGAGGAGCGAAGACGACUGGUCCGUCGUCAGCGGCAGCGAGCCAUCCGAGGACCAUCCUCGUCACUGA